AUGGCGUAUCCUCAGGGCUUCCUGUACCAGCCCGCCGCGCCCCUGGCCCUCUACUCUUGCCCCCCGCCGUACGGAGCGCGCGCCGAGGAGCUGGGCAGGUCCUCCUCAUCUUCUUCAUCAUCGUCCUCUUCCUCCUCCUCCUCGUGCUCCUCCGGAUCUGCCUUCGCUCCGUACGCGGGAUCCACAGCCUUCACAAGCCCUGCGCCCUUCAGCUCGCUCCAGUACGGAGCGGAACCGGCGCCGCUGUCCGCCUUCGUGGGCUCUCCGUAUGACCCCGGCCCAGGUGUGGGGGGCUCUGUGGGUUUCCCCCCGUACGGCGGCGCGCUGGGCCCCUUCACGCCACUGGACCCCGCUUACCGCAAAAACGCCACGCGCGACGCCACGGCCACGCUGAAGGCCUGGCUGAGCGAGCACAGGAAGAACCCGUACCCCACCAAGGGCGAGAAGAUCAUGCUGGCCAUCAUCACCAAGAUGACCCUCACGCAGGUGUCUACCUGGUUCGCCAACGCCAGGAGGAGGCUGAAGAAGGAGAACAAGAUGACGUGGAUCCCCCGGAACCGGAGCGAGGACGAGGAGGAGGAGGAGAACAUCGACCUGGAGAAGCACGAGGAGGACGACGAGCCACUCAAAGCCACUGAGACCAGCAAGGAGUUAGGUGGUCUUCCUAUCAGUCCAAGCUCCAUCACGUGUGAGAGUCACACUGAAAGACCCUCUGAUGAAGCGGACCGUAUUCCAGAGCGGGAAAAACGUGCGUCCCCGCUGCCCACCGCCCCCUCCCCUGAGCCUCCGGCUCCAGGACAGCCUCCCGGGCCCGCAGAGCCGGCGCAGCCCCCAAACCCGCCCCCCAAACCCAAACUGUGGUCACUGGCCGAGAUGGCCACGUCGGACAAGGGGAACAGCGAGCGCGCGCAGCCUUGCGUCCGCACUCACAGCCCAGCGCCCUUAUCGCCCCCCCGCGCGCACCACUGCCCCUUUCCCCGCGUGCAGCACCUGUACUGCGCUCCCGCGGCCUUCUACCCGGCCUUCACGAACUACAGCGCGCUGAGCCACUUGAGCGCGAGCCCCGUGCCCGGCCAGCCCCGCGCCAGCGGACUAAGAGCGGGAGCGGUGCUGAGAGAGAGCGCGCUCAGAGCCCCCACAGCCACGGACACGCGCAGAGAAUCUGCCUUCGAGCACAGGAUGGGCACGGCGAACGUCAAAUAG